GAUCUGCACCAGCAUGAUUUGGGACAAUCACACAGAUGUUCAGGAAGCUUUUAUUAGCGUGUUAGGGGUGAAUGCAGUCAGAAGUAUAUCCAUCCCUGCAGCUGAGCGUAUGAAAGUAGGGACAGCCAGAUGUGGAGCAGCGUCUGUGUGUGUAUAUGGGCGAGUAUGUUGGAGGGCGGGGCUCAGGCACGGCUCAAGCAGAGCACAAGCAGCAGGAAGUGAAAGAGAGGAGCCAGAUGUGCAGAGAGCGCAGUUUGAGAAACAGCACCAGGAGGAGGAGCACCAGAGAGGAGAGCAGAGCAGACAGACGCGCAGUGAGUAGUAGCAGGAGAAGGAAGAGGAAGAGUAAUUCAGCCAGAUGUGCAGGCUUCAUGCCUGUUUUUUUAUUUUAAGACAGCACGAAGAAUAUUCGCAGCUUCCCCCCCUUCAGACGCCCCCCUCCUUCAAUCAAACUUCCCCACCUCCGCUCGCGUGCGCCCCGGCCGCAGCCCAGGCGCUGGACAGUCGCUCACAAAUGCGGACUCAACGCGCGAGCUGAGCUUCAAGUCCACCGGCGAGGCACGAUGCUGCGGCCACUUGCUCAGUGACGGCGCGUUGAGAGGACCGAGCUAGCGACCAUGCUGCUCAAGGAGUACAGGAUCUGCAUGCCGCUCACCGUGGAGGAGUACAGGAUUGGCCAACUGUACAUGAUCAGCAAGCAUAGCCAUGAGCAGAGUGACCGUGGAGAGGGCGUGGAGGUGGUCCAGAAUGAGCCAUACGAGGAUCCAGACCACGGUCAUGGACAAUUCACCGAGAAGCGUGUCUACCUUAACAGCAAACUUCCCAGCUGGGCCCGGGCCGUGGUCCCCAAGAUCUUCUACGUAACAGAGAAAGCGUGGAACUACUACCCCUACACAGUGACAGAGUACACUUGCUCCUUUUUGCCAAAGUUUUCCAUUCACAUAGAAACCAAGUACGAGGACAACAACGGAAGCAAUGAUCACAUCUUCGAUGAUAGUGAAUCAAAAGACGUGGAGCGGGAGGUGUGCUUCGUGGACAUCGCCUAUGAUGAGGUUCCAGAGCGCUAUUACAAGGAAUCUGAGGACCUCAAAUACUUCCUGUCAGAGAAGACAUCCCGGGGGCUCCUCCAGGAAGGAUGGAGGGACACACAAAAGCCCAUCAUGUGCUCUUACAAGUUGGUCUCAGUGAAGUUUGAAGUCUGGGGUCUCCAGACCCGUGUAGAGCAGUUUGUACAUAAGGUCAUUCGGGAUAUUCUCUUGCUCGGACACAGGCAAGCAUUUGCGUGGGUGGACGAGUGGAUAGACAUGACAAUGGAUGAAGUACGAGAAUUCGAGAAAGCUACUCAGGAAGCCACAAACAAGAAAAUUGGAGUGUUUCCGCCCGCCAUCUCCAUCAGCGAGAGCACCCUGCCUUCCUCGACCCGCAGCGCCCCCUCCAGUGCACCCUCCACGCCUCUCAGCACAGACGCACCGGAAUUUCUGGCUGUGCCGAAAGACCGUCCACGGAAGAAAUCCGCUCCCGAGACCCUGACCCUGCCAGACCCAGCCUUGAGUGUGCCCAAGCACUCGCCUUCUGCCAAGCCAUCCCUCUCCAAACCAGAGUGACCUCUCCUGUUGUGGACAUCGAGCCUUGAUCUAUUUUUAUAAGCUGUUGGUGUGCUGUAAAAGACUGGAGACACUGUGUCCUUCUCAGACGUUUUGACGGAAACUCAGCUACGUGUUUUUUGUUCAAUGGCCAGAUGAUGAGAAGCCUUUCUUUAGCCAAUUGUCUUUAUUGUUUGUCUCUUUAAUUGGUUUUUGGCAUUUUGCGCUUUUUAGUCAUGCUUUUUUGUUUUUUAAACAUUAAACAAACUUAGAAGAGUCGAAGAACAUUCUUGUGGAAAGCAAUAAGGAAUGAAGCCUUGCAAAAUACAGCAGGGCCUGGGAAAGGGAUAUGUGUGGCACGGGCUGUCAUCUGCCGGGACUGAACAUGUUUAGGUGGAGAUAUGGACGUGGCAAACUACUGUUGUGCUGUUGACAUUGCAAGGCAUGUUGCAGACAAGGAUGGGACUGCUUGAGGCCUAACAUUUAUCUAGGGAGGGCUGUUGUAGGUACAGACGUGUAUUGUUAUGGUCAUGACCCAAAGUCAGCAGUCUUGUUCUCGGCACAGCCAGGUUAGGCUUUGGAAGACCUGGGCUUUAUUUCAGACACAGUCAAGGAUCUCCUAUGAUGUUAUGAGCAGGCCAAAGAACAUUGUAGCCUUGUCCUAGACAUAGCCAUGAAUAUUCUACAUGUUCUCCAUAGUAUAAUGGGCAAACCAAGGGGCAUCAUGACCUUAAGACAUUGCUGGGGAUUCUAUAAAUGUGUUCCAUAAUAUUAUGGAAAAAUCAUGAAAUACCUUGGCCUUGUUCUAGACGGAGUCAGAGGUGUUUGAUACCUUAGGCCAGAGGUAGGCAAAGUCGAUCCUGGAGAGCCGCAGUGGCUGCCCACUUUCUUAAUGAGAAGUCAGUUAUGGCUGAUGAAGCUCUUAUUGCUCAAGAGACAUUUUUCUGCUUCAUUUUAGUGGUCUCUCUUGUUAAGGUUCCCCACCCUUAAUUGCUUAUUUCAGUCUUAAACAACUGCAUUCACUGUUUUAAUGGCUUCUUAUUAGCAAUAAGAUGCAAAUGACAACGGAGCCAGCAGUUCCCCAUCUAACUUGUUUCCAUUUACGCCUCUGUGUGUUCAUCAUUCACUAUUUAGUUUAAUAAAACACUUAACAGAAAAAUGUGACAGACUGAAAAUGAUCAGUUUUAAGCUUCAAAUCAUCAAUGAUCCGUUGUCGGUUGCAUCUUAUUGCUAAUAAGAGGCCAUUAAAGCAGUGAAUGCAGCUGUUUAAUACUGAAAUAAGCAAUUAAGAGUGGGGAAUCUCAGCAAUAAUUGAUUUCUCAUUAAGAAACUGGGCAGCCACUGCGGCUCUCCAGGAUCGACUUUGCCUACCUCUUGGGCAAAUCAAGGCUUUGUUCUAGCUUGUUAUGUGCCCAUCUUUUUCUGGGUAUAGGCAGGUUGCUGUAGACAUCUCCUGCAGUAACAUGGAUUAAUAUGCAGAAUGAACGUUCAGUGCUAUCUCAGUAUACAGUACUUCCUUGGAUGGGCUUCAUGGUUUUGACUUUAUGUUGCUGGUUGUGCUUCAGCUCCCCUUUUUGUUUGUAAGCAGUCGUGGUCUGGACAGCAUCUAUAAAGUUGUUGGUGUAGGCAUACUCAUGAAUGUUCUCCACACAAUGGUGUGAUUGUUCCCCAGCCUUGUUUAAGAAACUGUAUGAAGACAUUUGGUCAUCUCCUAUACUUUUGAAGAAGAAAUGUCUUAGUCAGCACCAAAAUAUAUCCUUCAAAUGUCUUGAUAUUAGGACUCCCAUUUUCUAGACAUUUUCUACACCGCUAUGGUAGGUGUGAUGGUACAACUGGGGGUAUGCAACAGGAAUGUCCUAAUCAGUAUGUAGAUGUAUCCAGGCGUUGAGAUAUUUUCACAUAGGAGUACUCUACCAUUCUUUUAGGUACAUGUAUUGAUGCCCUAGACUUCUUCUACACCGGUAUGGGUUGUUCCAGGAGUUAAGGUUCAAUUGAGGGUAUGCAGCAGGAAUGUCCUAAUCAGUACUUAAGUAUAUCAAGAGAUUGAGUAGUUAUUACAUACAUGUUCUAGAUGUGCUGUAUGUAUACUGAAGAAAUGUGCAGGAUAUAACUAGAUGUUACAGCAAGGUUUUCCCCAGUCUUGACCUAGGCAUAUGUGGGCAUGUUCUAAACACUGUAGGUGUGUUACAGGAAUGUGCUAAUCAGCCACAGGACAUAUGCAGUGCCAUGGGUUUGUCUUACCCUGAUGUGGCAAUAGAUGGGUAUGUUCUAGAUAUUUCCUUACAAUUUGUGGAUAUGCUGCAGGAGUGUUCUACCCAGGAAUCUUUAGAUGGAACGCCAAGGGCGUACCUUGGUGUUGUUCUAGGUAUAUUGAAUGUGGUGAUGUUUUAAACAUCUUCUACAUCAUAGUGGGCAUGUUAUUGGAGGCUCCUAGUCAGUGUACAGAUACAGCUGGUGGUGUUUUAGAUGGCUAUGUCUCUGCCCUUCUGCUGGGUGUGUGUGGGAAAGCUGUACAUAUUGUCUGUAGCGCUGUGGUUAUGCUGCAAGAGUGUUCUGGUCAGAAUGUAGUUAUAUCCAGGGUUGUUUUAGAUGUAACUGUCCUGGCAGUGCCCACCCUUGUUCCACGUGUACUGUAUGUAGUGAUGAUCAAGAUGAAAAUGAACAACAAAUUGCUUAAACAGAAUCAAACACGUUUACCCCAUCCUUGUUGCAGAUAAUGGAAUUGAUGUUCUAAGCAUCUCAGAAGCCCUGGGUGAUGUGCCCUGCUAUUUACUUAGCCACGAACAUUCCAGAUGUAACUUUAUAGGCACGUGGCCCCAGCCUUCUCCUGUUACGUUAUGGCUACACCUUGGGAUGUUAGACAUCUUCACAAUGUAUAUACCUUGAGCACACACAUGGCCUAGGCCUCUGCACUACCCUACAUCCCAGUACAAUGUCAGCACCUUGCUAGCCUUGUCCGACAAUUCCUUAAAAGAUCAUUUGUAACCACAUUCUAGGCUUGCUCAGACAGCAUCUCAGUCUCUUCAGUGACGUCCCCGUCUCCUGCCGAAAACUUCUGAUGGCUGAAGAUGAACCUGAAUGGAGAAAAUUUCUAGGGAUCAGUAAGGCGAGUUGCUCACACAGAAGUGCCGGGUUUCUGCAGUGUGUUCUUCUCUCUUCUUGUCAAUCCUGAAGCAUAUGUGUCUACCACAGAAGGAGUUCCUGGCACCAGCAUUGAAGGCAGUCCACUCUCAGGACCCCAGACACUUUUUAUUUCAUUUUUUGAAUGUGAGAACUCUGGGAACUCUUGAUUCAUCAUUCUUCACCUUGUCUCACAUUUGUAUGACCCGGCAAGCUGCACAAUCAGUCAAUGUGAAAAGAACUUCAAGUGUUGAUACUCAGGCAGACCUUCAGAGUUCCUUAGGUUUCAAAGGCAGGCUGCCACCUUGCUCCGAUGGAGGUCGGGGAGUCAGGUGCCACUUGUCGUGGUGUCUGCAAUUACGUCGCACCUUAAAGACUUAACAUGUACUUGAGCUUGCACCGCUUUGGUGGGGCAACAACCUUCACUUCUCUUCUUGGUGAGGCCUGCGCCCAGAUGUUCCCUGAUACCCGAGCUCAGAAUGGAAGUGCGAGCAGAUGAGCACCCCACACUCCGCUCACACCUGAUCCCUUAAAGCCAUUCUGCUGUUCCGUUCUGCGCUCUACCACCUUUCGUAGAGUGCACUGUUUUAUGAUUAAGGGGGUGAGGAGUGUGCUGUGUAGUCGCAUUAAACAAAAAACAAAAAAAGCAGAGGCCCCCAGUCUGCUUGGUGUCUGGUGCCCACGGGGACCCUGCCUCGAUGGCCCACUCCUUUUCUCAGGACGCGAGAAGUGAGACACACUCACUGGAAUGCUUGUGCGUGUCGCCGCAUGUCUUUUGUGUUUUUCCUUAUUGGCUGUACUUUAUAAACCUAAAUGCCGUGGCUGUGACACACUGCUUGCUGCUGUAAUAAUUAUUUAUUUUAUUUGAAUCGAUGUUCCCACUGUUUAAUGAAUGAAAGGACCAAGUUUUUUGGAAUGUGUGAAACUGGCAGAGUGCUCCACUGUUCUUUCUUUCCUCUCUUUGUUGUCCAACCUGUUUUCCUUACACGCAAACUGCUGCGCAAUGUCCGGUGCCCGCUGUUUUCGUGGGCGUCAGUGUGCCCUGUGGCAGCCCGUCUGGGGACGCGUGCUGAGGAGCCAUGUGUACAAAACAGAACAGAACAAAAUCCCCACUCCCGAUCCAGCACUUGUGUUAUUUAACCUCAGGAGCUUUCACCUGCCAACCGCCCUGAUAGCGCCAUUUGUGUUGUAAUGAAAUUGUUCUUAUUUUUGUUAUAUGUCACGGACUGCAAAUUUUUGUAAACCAUAACCUUUUAUUCAUAUUCAAUAAACCAACCAAACAAAACCAA